AUGCUGUCUGGAUGGCAUCGCGUAGAAGAUGACAGGGACGAAUCGUACGAAGGAGACUGGCAAGGUGGCAAGCUGACUGGCUACGGUGAGUGGUUCAGCCCGUCCCGGGGGUCGUAUGCGGGCGAGUGGUCCGAGCACCUGUACCAUGGGAAGGGCAAGUUUCGGUUCGCCUCGGGCGAGUGCUAUGAGGGAGAGUUCGAGCGGGACGAAUCGUUCGAAGGAGACUGGCAAGGUGGCAAGCUGACUGGCUACGGCGAGUGGUUCAGCCCGUCCCGGGGGUCGUAUGCGGGCGAGUGGUCCGAGCACCUGUACCAUGGGAAGGGCAAGUUUCGGUUCGCCUCGGGCGAGUGCUAUGAGGGAGAAGGACCAGUUUGCACAUGUCAUGGGAUGCCAGUCAUGCAGCUGUCAGGGUGGCAUCGCGUGGAGGAACGGGACGAAUCGUUCGAAGGAGACUGGCAAGGUGGCAAGCUGACUGGCUACGGCGAGUGGUUCAGCCCGUCCCGAGGGUCGUAUGCGGGCGAGUGGUCCGAGCAACUGUACCAUGGGAAGGGCAAAUUCACAUUUCCGAGCGGUGAAAAGUUCCAAGGCGAGUUCAACAAGGGAUGCCCAUUGUUUGGCACUCUUAUCAACACCGCUGGUUCUGAUUACGGGAUCUACAGGGGAUACUGGAGCCAUGGCAACAUGCACGGUGACGGGGCGUUCACAUGGCCAGAGGGACAUCAGUUCGAAGGGAACUUUGAGCUUGAAGGAAACCACGAGGUUCUCUACUCCAACGGCAGGUUGUACAUCGGUGGAUGGAAGGAUGGGUUGUGGAGCGGCAGGGGCAUGAUUGGUGGGUCUUUGUGCCAGUAUGAAGGAAAUUUUGAAGCCGGGGAGCCAUCGGGGUUUGGUCGAGCUUACUGGAAGGAUAGCAAUCGUACGUAUAUGGGACAAUUCAAGCAAGGAGACCUUCAUGGAGCGGGAACUUUCAUAGAGGAGGAUGGAAGUAGGAUAAGGGGAACCUUUCGUAGAGGUGCUCUA